CGCAAAAGUCGUCCUUUUUUCCUUCAACAUAGGCUGUAGCUGCCAUCACAGGUUUGUGCCUGUUGAGCUACAAUCAUGGGUAUCAGCCGUGAUUCUCUCCACAAACGCCGUAAGACCGGUGGCAAGCGGGCUCCUCUUCGCAAGAAGAGAAAGUUUGAGCUUGGACGCCCUGCAGCCAACACCAAGCUUGGAGCCAAACGCAUUCACAGUGUGCGAACCCGUGGAGGAAACUCCAAAUCCCGUGCUCUUCGUUUGGACACUGGUAACUUUUCAUGGGGUUCCGAGAACCAGAGCCGCAAGACCCGUGUUCUGGAUGUCGUGUACAACGCCAGCAACAAUGAGCUUGUCCGAACAAAGACUAUUGUGAAGAACUGCAUUGUGACAAUCGAUGCUGCUCCAUUCAGGCAGUGGUACGAGGGAUAUUAUGGAAUUUCCCUUGUGAAGAAGCGUAAGAACAAGGCUGCUGAGACCGAGGAGGAGAAGCCUAAGUCCAAGAAUGAGCUCAGGCGUUUUAAGGAGCGCAAGGACUUGGCCAAGAUUGAUCCCCAUGUUGAGGAGCAACUGCACACUGGACGUGUUCUCGCUUGCAUUUCAUCCAGGCCUGGCCAGAGUGGUCGUGCAGAUGGAUACAUCCUGGAGGGUAGAGAGCUCGAGUUCUACCAGCGAAAGCUUCGUUCCAAGAAGGGGAAAUAAGCAAUAAAGUGUUUUU